AUGCCGGGUCCAUCGGAGACGUUUAAGCUGGUGCGAAACAAGAAUAUGAUGAGGAUCAAAGCACCUAAUGGGUCCUUCGUGCAGGCAAACAAGGAUGGUUCAUUGACGGCGAACUUCGGCGAGAGCACGACAUGGGGCGACGAUGACCCCUCCGUGUUUGCGGUGACCAUCGUGAAGGGGCUGCCCUCCCUCUUCGAUGGCAUCCCCAACAAAGACCUCCUGGAUAGCACGCGUGUGCAGUUCAAGUCCAUGGCACAGAAGGGGUUUCUGGCUGCCGAGAAUGGGGGCGGCGGGGCACUUGUCGUCAAUCGGCCCUCGGCCUCCGACUGGGAGACCUUCAAGCUUUGGCGUAUCGACGAGAACACCUUCAACUUUAAGGUGUUCAGCAACCAAUUCGUGACCGUGGCCGGCGUUAAUGUGGUGGCCACGGCCUCCAUGCCGGGGCAGUCGGAGACGUUCCAGCUGGUGCGCAAUGACGCUGACAACAAUAAGAUGAGGAUCAGAGCACCCAAUGGGUCCUUCUUACAGGCAAACAAAGAUGGUUCGGUGACGGCCGACUUCGUCAAGAGCACGAAAUGGGGCGACGACGACCCCUCCGUGUUUGCGGUGACCAUCGUCGGGCAGGCGCUGCAAGGGGAGUACCAGAUCUGCAAUGGCUAUGGCAAAGAUACGGCUACACAGGUCAUGAAUGACCACCGGAGCACAUAUAUCGUGGAACGCGACUUCGCUUUCAUGGCGGCAAACGGCCUUAAUGCAGUGAGGAUCCCAGUCGGGUGGUGGAUCGCCAGCGACCCCAACCCUCCAGCACCAUUCGUAGGAGGCUCUCUGCAAGCCUUGGACAACGCGUUCACAUGGGCAGAGAGGCACAAUAUUGGCAUGAUCAUAGACUUACAUGCAGCACCUGGGGCGCAGAACCCCUGGGAGCACGGCGGUAGUAGGGAUGGCUCACAGACCUGGGGAGACUCCAACAUUGUGGAAACAGUGCAAGUCAUUGAUUUCCUCGCAGCAAGGUAUGCCAGGAGAUCAGGCCUCCUGGCGGUGGAGUUGAUGAAUGAGCCGUUCGCAGAUGGUGUGUCCCUAGAUAGCCUGAAAAGAUACUACCAACAGGGCUACAACGCUGUUAGGAAGCACUCGCCUACGGCCUAUGUGAUCAUGUGCAACCGAAUUGCAGGGGAUUCGAACGAGCUCGUCGAUUUUGCCUCACCGUUCAGCAGAACCGUCCUUGACGGGCACCCCUACCUGGUGUUCGAACCCAAGUUGGACAAAUCCAAUGUGCAGCAGAACAUCGAUUUCGUGAACAAAGAGAUCGCCGGUGAUCUCAGCGCCAUGACAAGGCCAGAUGGCCCUCUCACUUUUGUUGGUGAAUGGGUGGCUGAGUGGAAGGUAAAGGGUGCUUCGAAGGAAGACUUCCAACGGUGUGCAAAUGCUCAGAUGGCUGUGUAUCGGAAAGCCACAUUUGGAUGGGCUUACUGGUCGUACAAGCAUGUUAGCAACCACUGGAGUAUGGAGUGGAUGAUCAACAACGGAUACAUCUCCUUAAAAAAUGCUUGA